GGGAGCGGUGCGGGCAUGGAGAGCGGCGGGGCGCUGAACGGCUCCGCCGCCGCCGGGCGCUUCGCCGCCGCGGGCACGGCGGCGCUGGGCGCGCUGAUGGCCCUGCUCAUCGCCGUCACCGUGGCGGGCAACGCGCUGGUGAUGCUGGCCUUCGUGGCGGACUCCAGCCUGCGCACCCAGAACAACUUCUUCCUCCUCAACCUGGCCAUCUCGGAUUUCCUCGUAGGUGCCUUCUGCAUCCCCCUCUACGUGCCCUAUGUGCUGACGGGGAGAUGGAUCUUCGGGAGAAGCCUCUGCAAACUCUGGCUGGUGGUUGAUUACUUGCUGUGCACCUCUUCGGUCUUCAACAUCGUCCUAAUUAGCUACGACAGAUUCCUCUCGGUGACAAGAGCGGUUGCCUACAGAGCCCAGCAAGGCAACACCAGGCAAGCAGUGCUGAAGAUGGUGAUGGUGUGGGUGUUGGCAUUCCUGCUGUACGGACCUGCCAUUAUCAGCUGGGAGUACAUAUCAGGCCAGAGCAUCAUCCCCAGUGGGGAAUGCUACGCUGAGUUCUUCUACAACUGGUAUUUCCUCAUGACAGCCUCCACGCUGGAGUUUUUCACCCCUUUCAUCAGCGUGAUGUUUUUCAACCUAAGCAUUUACCUGAACAUCCAGAAGCGCACCAAAAUGCGCCUGGAUGUUUUCCACGAAGUGCACAACCAGUCCUUCACUGAAGAGAUGGAAAAGAGCCCAGAAGCAAAGCUUUCUUUGAAAUGCUGUAAGUGGGGGCAGAAGGAGUCAGCUGAAACCCUCGACCUCUCUAAGAGCAAAGCUCAAGCAGCAGUCUCCACUUCCAGCCUGGAUGCCAAAGACCUGCUGGAAACAAGCUCGGAGAGCUCCAGGAAACCCAAGUGUUGCAACAAAAAGAGCUGCAAAAAUUCAGCCUCCGCUCUGUCCUCAGAGAAACGGGUGAAGAUCGUGUCCCAGAGCACGACUCAACGCUUCAGGCUCUCCAGAGACAAGAAAGUGGCCAAAUCACUGGCAAUCAUUGUGGGCAUUUUUGGGAUUUGCUGGGCACCGUACACUCUCCUGAUGAUCAUCCGCGCUGGCUGCCACGGCCAGUGCAUCUCUGAGUUCUGGUACGAGACUUCUUUUUGGCUGCUGUGGAUCAACUCAGCUGUCAACCCUGUCCUGUACCCUCUCUGCCACUCCAGCUUCAGAAGAGCUUUUACUAAACUCCUUUGUCCCAAGAAGCUGAAGAUUCAGCCUCACUAUGCCCUUCAGAACUACUGAAAGUGAAGCCAGCCCAGUGUGAGGGUGAGAAAAGCCUUGGUUUACUUCUGCUGUACUGGUGUGGGACUGGAGCUUGUUUCCUUGGAAAAACCCAGAAGCAGUGGUGUGGAGCAGGUGAGGAAGGCAGAAGAGAGCGCACUAUUAACUUAUUUUAGUUCAUCAACAACAAAAUCCCACUGCAAAGAAGGAUAAAGGUGUUUCUUGACAUUAACCACGAGCAGUGAAAUCUGUGUCUGCCACUUGCAGGUGCCACAAAAGAGCUCUGCUGCCACCUAGUCAGCCUGAGCAGCACCAGCAUUUUGCUCCAAUAAACUGAAAACUGGAAAGAAAAAUAAAAAUAAAUAUCUGGCUUAAACUACUGUGCUAAACUACAGCUUAGCUGUUGGCAGAUUUGAUCUUUCUCAUAAAUGGGACUGUUUUUUCCCUCACACCUUUACACAUAGAUGAUGAUACAGAAAGAAAAGAACAAACCUCAGAAGGAAAACAUCUCAUUUAUCAUUUUUGUUACAGCAGCUGCAGCCAUAAUUUGGAUCCCUGUUUCAUGGAGUGCAAUAGAUGUCCCUUCCACACCCCAAGAAGGGACAGAUCUCUGCCCUAAACUCUGUAAGGAGUUUUCAGCCAGGCUCUGAGGCAUUGAGCAUCUUGAAGCGUGCUGCUGGCAUUGCCUGAUCCCUCCCUGCUUCAAAACUGCUCUGAUUUCCUCUGGGUCCUGCCACACGCUGCCCAGUGCUUCCCUCCUGCCCAGAGCCAUGCAGCAGGAAGGGCCCUAGAAAAGGGCUCUGUGCCCAUGUAAAGGUGCUAGCACAGCACCAGCUUUUCCACAGACUCCAUCCUGACAUCCCAAAGACGUUUUCAAAUCUCUUCUGCAGGAACUUAAAGAUACUCUUCUGGCACUGUGUUAGGGAAUGACAAACUCAGAGAGAAGCAAAUCUUGUGGUGUUGUUUUUUUUUUUUUUUUUUUUAUGUUCCUUUUUAAAAUAUUCCUUUCAGACCUCUUUAAUUUUUCAUGUUUCAGAACUCUUGCAUUCUUUCUUUUAAAAUACCUCACUUCAUUGGAGACCUGGGUUGAGCUGGUUCAGUCAACACAAGCAUCAAUUCUUUUACUCUUUAAUUUUUACAUUUUUUUAGAGCUGUCACUCUAAUUACACAGAUAGAGCACCAGAUUCAAGAGACUAGGGCUCUAGCUUUGGUCUUACAUAAAAUCCUGGUCAUUUUACCUCUGCUUCCCAUCUCAUGCUUCAUCACAGUUGCCCAUUUGUUCUGCAACCUCUUUGGGCACAGAGGCACUGUGACCAAAAAGCAGAUUAAUUCCACUGCUGGCAUUGCUCAGUGAUGUAGUAACACAAAUGAGUAAUUAGUUGCCAUGGCAAAUGCUCAUAUUUAACAGUAUUGCACAGGGGAGCUCAAGAUCCUGAGUCUGAAAACUACAUUUACAAAUAGAAACCCAAAUGUUGUAAAGCAGUACCCAAAAGCUUACGAUGUUGUGAACACCAAUUACAUUUUGCUGCUGCAAGCAAACUGCUUUUGGCUGCUGCUAAAAGGAAAAAGAAAAUGCCAUCCGGCUGUAUCUCAGUGAUAUUUGUCAAGUAGAUCAGUAUUGUCACCUGAAGUCAGGUUUUAAAUGAUGUCUUGUCUUGUGUAUGUGAUAUUUCAGACUUGUGACGUGUUCUGUCAGUCUGUUAUAUAUGGGUUAAAAUACAGCCCUCGAAGUGUGUGUGCUGUGAAUUGACAGGAUAAAUGUUGAGCCCGCUCCUACCUUUCCCUGUG